GCUACACUCUCUUCACUCAGCUCCACAGCUUCAGGCAACAAGGCCAAGCCUUUGAACAGGGAUGGCUCUGACAUGGAAAUCAGUUGCUGUUGGUCUGCUUCUGCUCGGGUUGUUCUGCCCUUCCUCUGCAACUGUCCCGCCACUGCAAACUCUGGCUGACUGUUUAGAGGACAACGACUAUGAUAAGUUGCUAGACACUGUGAAAACUGGCCUCCCACACGUCAACACAUCCAAUCAUGUUGUAAUCGUUGGAGCGGGGGUGGCGGGACUGACGGCUGCCAAGCUACUGCAAGACGCAGGACACAAGGUAACUAUUUUAGAGGCCAGUGGUCGAGUUGGAGGACGGGUGGAGACCUACAGGAAUGAAGAAGAGGGCUGGUACGCUGAGUUGGGGGCCAUGAGGAUCCCAGAGCUCCACCAGAUUGUCCUCUGGUUUGCCAACGAACUUGGGAUCAAGCUGAAUAAAUUCAUCAUGGAUGACAACAACACCUUUUACCUGAUCCACGGGCUGAGAAAGAGGACUUAUGAAGUGAAAGAAGACCCGGACAUCCUGAAGUACAACGUGACAGAAAGUGAGAGGGGAAAGUCAGCCAGUAAGCUGCUACAGGACGCCCUAAAGAAUGUCAGAGAUGAAGUGAGGGAAAGUGGCUGCAUAGCUGCCCUUCACACAUACAGUCGCUUCUCUGUACAGGAGUAUCUGAUAGAGGAAGGCAAUUUGAGUACAGGAGCACUGGAGAUGAUUGGGGACUUGCUCAACGAACAGGGCCUCAUGUAUCUGGCACUGAGUGAGAUGAUAUACGACCAGACUGAUGUCAACGACAACGUAACGUACUAUGAAGUCACCGGAGGGACAGAUCUCUUGACCACAGCCCUCCGCGAUGUCCUCCAUGUCCCCAUCCACCUUAACUCCACAGUCAAACGAAUCAGCCAGUCAGAAGAAGGAGUAGUUGUAUCCUAUCAGUCAGGUGACCAGUCGUCUCUGACAGAUCUAUCUGCUGACACUGUCCUGGUAACUACCACAGCUAAAGCAGCCCUUUAUAUGGACUUUCAACCACCACUCUCUGAAAAUAAGACGUAUGCCCUGAGGGGGGUCCACUAUGACAGCGCCACUAAAAUCCUCCUCACAUUCAGUAAGAAGUUCUGGGAGGAGGACGGCAUCAGAGGAGGGAAGAGCAUCACAGAUGGACCAUCCCGUUUCAUCUACUAUCCCAGCCACAGCUUCCCCAACAACGAGAACAUCGGGGUCCUGCUGGCGUCCUACACCUGGUCUGAUGACUCCCUCCUCUUCUUGGGUGCAAGUGAUGAAGAACUGAAAGAUCUAGCUCUGAGAGAUUUGGAGAAGAUCCACGGUAGUCAUGUCAGGUCUCUGUGCACAGGGGUGCUUGUAAAGAAGUGGAGUGCAGACCCUUACAGUUAUGGUGCCUAUGCUCUUUUUGCACCCUACCAGCAUGUAGAGUAUGCAAAGGAGCUCUUCAGAAGUGAAGGCAGGAUUUACUUUGCUGGAGAACACACGGCUUUCCCACAUGGUUGGAUGGAGACAGCCAUGAAAUCUGCCAUAAGAGCUGCCACCAACAUUAACAAACGGGUGCAGGAAGAAUCUUUAGAACAUCAACAAACAAACUAGUUUUAAGGGUUGAGAGGGUUUUUCUUGGUGGAUGCCAAGAGAAAGAUUAUUGUGGUUCCUAUAACCAAGAAAAACUAACAGAGAUUGGUAGAUAAAGGAUCUCUAGGAAAUCCUGAAUCUUGAUUAUUUGGUGGUAAAAUCACUGCUGCUAACUUUAAAGUAAGGUGACAUUUUUCUCAGCUCAGCUGAUGCUUAAUUCUUCAAGCCAAAGCUAUUUUAACCAUUUUGUCUCAGCUAGACUCACUGCUUUAAAAAGCUUGUAAAACAUCAAUCCUGUGGUCCCCUUGAGUCCUUCAUGAUCUUAAUGUUAAUGCACUCUUUGAUAAAGCAUGAUGUGACAAUGGACCAGCCUGCCCCUGGUUGUCACAGCCAAUCAGAAACCAUCCUGGGAGACAUUAUAGCGUUUAACUUAGCUGCUAUUCAAAGAUUAUAAAAGUCAUUCAGUGUUGGAUUAACUGAAGUGGAUUUAACCCCAGAAGACCCAGAAAGUUGCCCAAGUUCCAGGCUUCCUAAAAAAGCUAACAUAAGAGCUACGAACUACGAACAAAUAAAAGAUAAUGUUCUUUACAUAUAACUGGAUAUUUUGGUGUUUUGGAGUGGAUGUCUUUGAAAAAAGUCACCAUGAGUUCAUUUAAUCAAUGAUUGUUGUUUUAAAUUUGUUCACUUUGCCUAAAUGUUCCUAGAACUGCAGUCGAAAUGCAUUUUACUGUCAUUUGUUGGUUUGACUGAAACUCUCAUCAACAUUUACCUUUAAAAGCAGCAAUAAAGAGGAUC